GGGCGGGUCCCCUUUAUUCUGUCACGUGGGUUGGAGGUGAAGUGCAUUGUUGCUUUGACCAUGUGGACCUUGAUAACCAAAUGUACAAUUAAGUUGCUGACUUGUUUAUAUUUAUAGCUGGCAGAGCCUGUAUUGUCCUCAUAAUAGUACAGAAGAAUUCAAGAUAGAAAGGCAGUAACGAAUGAAGACUGUAAAAGAAAAGAAGAAGGAAUGUCAAAGAUUGAGAAAAUCUGCCAAGACAAGGAGGGUAAUCCAGAGGAAGCCAUCUUUAGGGCCUGUUUGCCGGCUAUGCCUUCGAGAACCUGGGGAUCCCGAAAAAUUAGGGGAAUUUCUUCAGAAAGGUGAUCUCAGCGUGCAUUAUUUCUGUCUUAUCCUAUCUAGCAAGCUGCCUCAGAGGGGCCAGUCCAACAGAGGUUUCUAUGGAUUCCUGCCUGAAGACAUCAAAAAGGAGGCAGCCCGGGCUUCUAGGAAGAUCUGCUUUGUGUGCAAGAAAAAGGGAGCUGCCAUCAACUGCCAGAAGGAUCAGUGCGUCAGAAGCUUCCAUCUUCCUUGUGGCCAAGAAAGGGGUUGCCUUUCACAGUUUUUUGGAGAGUACAAAUCAUUUUGUGGAAAACAUCGCCCAAAACAGGACAUCCAACAGGAGAAUGUAGAGGAGGAAAGCUGCGUCUUGUGUUGUGAAAACUUAUCUCAAGCAAGUGUUGAAAACAUCCAGAGCCCAUGUUGUAGUCAGACUAUCUACCACCGCAAGUGCAUACAGAAAUAUGCCCACACAUCAGCAAAGCAUUUCUUCAAAUGUCCACAGUGUAACAAUCGAGAAGAGUUUCCUCAAGAAAUGCUAAGAAUGGGAAUUCAUAUUCCAGACAGAGAUGCUGCCUGGGAACUCGAGCCAGGGGCUUUCUCAGAUUUGUAUCAGCGCUAUCAGCAUUGUGAUGCCCCCAUCUGUCUGUAUGAACAAGGCAGAGACAGCUUUGAGGACGAAGGGAGGUGGUGCCUCAUUCUGUGUGCUACGUGUGGAUCCCACGGAACCCAUAAAGACUGCUCCUCUCUUAGAUCCAACAGUAAGAAAUGGGAGUGUGAAGAGUGUACACCUUCUGCUGAAGCCACAGACUACACACCUGAAAACUCAGGUGACAGCCCUUGCUGCAGCAGCACCUUGCAAUCCGGGGGGCAUUUCUGCAGAGACACCAGCCUGGAAGAGAAUCCAGGCCCUUCUUGGACUGAUUGGUCAGGACCUUCCUUAUUAGAAAAACCAGAGUCCUCUGGUGGCAGGAGGGGCCACUCCUGGCGGUCCAAGGGUGUCAAAAUCACUCAUUACUGCAAAAAAUCCAAGUAA